AGCGUACGGUUUUGUUGAUUUCAACGUGUCUGUUGUCGUGACUUGAGUGAUCAUUGCUUGCGUAUAUCGCCUUUCUUGGUCUCUUAAUCCGUCAGAGAAGCUUCUAGCUUGUGAUUUGUGUCUUUGAAAUUAUGCCACCGCAAGAAAACGAAGGAAAUCCGAACGCUUCCAUUCAUCCGCCCGAAGGCAGUACGGCUAAUUCUUCGACCAGCCCUAACUGGGCUGCACUUAGGGUAAGGAAGCCUAAAAGUAUUUAAAUCUAUUGUCUGUGUCUUGAAAUUUCUCAGAUCUGUCAACAUUUAGAGGUCGGGGUUAUUCCCUCCUUUUGGGUUCAUAUCGAAUUGUGAUCAUACCGGAAGAAAACUGCCAGACGAAUGAAAGUGUCUUAAAUAUGAAAAAUAACUUUCGUUCAUUGCAUAGAUCUUAGUUGUUUGGAAUCUUGGUUGCAAAUGCGUGAGAAUUUGUGCACUUAACUUUUUCAUCAAGUGUGAAUUAUUUAGUGUGUUCAAAAAAAUGUCAGUAGUCUAUACUGGGACGAAAGUUUUGAUUUUACAUGAUCCUGUAUUUUUCCUCGGCACAAUCACCACUUCCUGCAUAGACAGUCUGGUCUUGAAGCAUCCAGCUUAUUUAAUCCCGUUAAUUGAAAACGUACUUCGGUAAUUUCCCAAAUUUUUCUGGUUAAUAAUUUAUUUACCAGUUUUACUUGAUGUUGAAGAAGAAAGGGAGCUUAGCUUUUAAACCCAGCUUAUCCAUGUUUAUAUUAUAUUUCCCAGAAGUGGAAAUGUUGUGUUGUUCAACUUUUAGUAUUUUAUCAUGUAAAUAAUUUUUCUCAGUCAUCUUUAAUAAUCUAUUAUUCUGGUUGUUGAGGGAAGGGAAUAUUCCUGCUUCAAAGUUAUUGGGAAGUGAAAGGAGAACCAAAAAUUAUUUUUGAAGCUCAUCUUCUUGGAAGUGUUUGGAUGAUAAUAUUUGACAAGGUGUUUUUUUGGGUCUUAAUUUUUCAAACCCAUGAUAAGAAUCACACGAAAAAUGUCACAACUAUUUAAAGGAUGGUUACAUAUAUGACAUGCUUAUAUUUUCAUAGCAGCCCUUGUAUUUUUGUGAUAUUUAAAUAGUGUCAGGGGAGUUUUGGGGUUUUCACCAUUCUCUCCUCUCUCACCUUGUAAUCUUCAAAGAAAUUUUUUAUAUGGCAGACAUCCAUGGCCUCUUAAAAUGAUAUCCAACAAUUCUAGUUAGUUAUCAAUUUCGCAAAAGUUGAAACGGUGCUUUGAGAAACAUCUUUCUGCAAAGUUCAAUGCUAGAAUUUAAUAAAUUCAUGAAAACUUCUUAAAGUCUCAUAAACACUGUUCAAAAAAUAAUUUGAUGGCGAUCUGAUUUUGCUUCAUGUCAUUUACAAGUCAAAAGUAAAAAGGACAAGUGAAAAUGUAUAAAGUAAUGAAAACAAUCAACAGAGACAGAACGUUUUUUUUUUCCUUAGGGGUAUAAUUCCCAAAGGUGAAUUGACAACUCAGUGUCAGGUAAAAAGUUUAGGGCAAAUUGAGUCACUCAGUGUGUUGAACAAAGGCUUGAUGAUCUGAUUAAAAGGCAUUUCUUAGAUAAAACAAUUAAACAUGCUGAUACAUUUUCUGUGAACUUUUAAAAUGCAAUCAAUGGGUUUGUUCCUCUCUAUUGUUUUUAUCUCUUGAUAUAUUUCCAAUUGUUACUUUUACUUUUGACUUGCAAUGUCAAAAUAUUGACAAAAUACCCAUUAACAAAUAAUAUGAGUUUUUUUAGAAAGUUUCUAUGUAUUUAAAUAAUGUUCUAGUAUUGAAGUUUGCCAUCAACUGUGUGUUACAAUGGAAAUAUGUGACUAAACAAAUGUAUGAUGAUAUUCUGACUUGCAGCGAUAUCUGUUGGAUAACAAAAUUGAUUCAGCAUUAUGGCUUACAAGAGUAUUUACAAUCAUCACUUCAAUUCUUUAUUUGCUUCCAUUUUUUAGGUAAGUAUAUGAGUGAGUUGUCUAAAUCCUUUUUUCACAGUGAAUAUCCAAGGGUUUUCUCUGACAACUGUAGUAACAGGAAAAAGUAAUUGGGGAAUAUUCUGAGUGAGGGAAUGAAAUAAUAGCUCAGACAUUUUAAAUUUAGGCACAGAAUUUAUUUCCAUGUAAAUAUUUGAGUGAACUACAGGUGGCAGUUCAUACAAACUGAAGUCAUUUGAGUAAUGACCAACCGGUCAAAGACAUAUCUAAGAUUUAGUGACAAUGAUGGCUUAUUUUAUGUAUAGAAACUAUUUUGAUUUUAAUUGAUUAAAAAGCUUUUCAUUUCUUAGAUUUCAUGGACAAUUAGUGAAGGAUGUUGUACUAAUUUAAAGACCAAAAAAGAAACAAAAAGGGUUGCUAAUGACCAAACUAGAAAAUAUUGUAGCAAGUGACUCUGGCUGACAUUUCUUAAGUUAAAGUCCCAAUUUGUUAAAAAGUAUGUUUAAUUUUUUUUAAAGCUCAGAAGUCUUCUUUUUUAUCUAUUCUAACCAAAAGUGUUUUCUAUAAAAGCCUGUUGCUUCUAUUAGAUCAUUCAAAUUCAAAAUAAUAAUGACAUAAUUAUGAAAAUCUUUAACCCCCUAACUCCCAGAUCAAAUUUAUAAUUCUCCUCAGUGUCAAUCAUACAAUUCUUAUAAUGUUACUUCAGAGAAUUUAGUAUUGGAUCAACUAAUUAAUCCCAAAUUGAUAUUUUUCUUUAUUCUCAUCACUUAUUGGGUUGAUAUUGUAUUGAUAUUGUAAGGAGAAUUUCUGUCUUGGUCACUCAUGGGAGUUAAAGGGUUAAAGUGCAAGCUAGAAAAGUAGGCUUACUGUUGACAUUAUUCAGGCUUCAGAUUUUAUCUUUUGUUGCACUCUCACAGUGCUGUCUCCACUCAGGAGUACCAACCCACCAUCAGGGAGUCCUGACUAAAUGUUGCUCAAGGGGUUUGCUCGCACUGGACAUUUGUUCCAAAAGGAAUGGCUCUGCCUAGGAUUGUUUUGUGGCACAAAAACUGUUACAAGUUUACAAUAUAUGCACAAAGGUUCUUAGAAACUGUUUUUUGUUAAGUUUAUUAACAUUUCUUGUUCCAUUUGAUUGAAUCACAGUCCUAUGUUCAGCUAUAACUGUUACAAAAGAGUGCUGAUCAGUUCAGCAGCCACAUCAGCCUUAAGGCUUCAUCAACGACUUCCAGUAUGUAAAAUUGUGUUGUUUCAUUCACAUUCAAAAUAAAUUUGUUCUAUCAAUAUUUAAAAAAUUAUGAAAUUUUUAAUCAUAUGGAUUAAAAAUGGAUUUUUUUUCAUUUCACAGAGAUUCCAGUUUUCAAGAGAAUUCUUUGGACUACUGCUUAGUGAAGACAGUUGCCAUUAUCUACUUUACAGCAUCAUGUUUGUCAACUCUCAUCCAGUCACAAGUAUCUUUUGAUUUUAAAGAUGAAAAUGUGAAAUGGAGCAAAUGCUAGUUUCUAGUUUUUUUUUCAGUUUAGAAAGAAGCCUCAGUGUUUUUGGUUCACCUUAGAGACACUACAAUUGUCAGUUUAGUGGAAUGUGGAAAUAGUUUGGAGACAGGGUUUUGACUGCAAAAUAACAGUGUUGUCUCAGGCAACCUUUCUUGUUAUCAAGCAAUUAAUGUCACAAAAUGGGGUGUCAAAAUGUGAUUUUAAAAUGUAUGAUAUGUAUAAUUCAGCCUAUCAUACUGUAGACAACUUUUCAAAUGCAAAACUUUCCUUGACUACAAAUUUCUCACAAAGUCAUCUUAAUUCCAGUUGCAUUAUUUGCCCUUCUUCACACUGUGUCAUUUACAAAAAAGUUACUAGAUGUGAGUACAAAAUUUUUGAGUAGUCUGUCUGUUAGUUGAAGUUGCUUUUGUUCCACAAAUCUUCACAUUGUGUUAUUGUUUAUACAACACUAAGUUGAUAGUUACUUGUGGAAUAUUAUUUUCUGUCUUUUCUACUGUGUGCAGAUCCUUGGAAGUGGUGGAAUUUUCAGCAUGUCCCUUAUAAGGUAAACGCUCUUUCUCUUCCAAUUCAAUUGUUUUUUACAUUUCAAAAUUCAACAUGAUUGCAUGUUCAUUAAUGUGAGGUUCUGAGGAAUAAAUCCUUAAGUCUGUAAGUCAUUUCCCAUUUUGAAAUAGAAAAAUUUUGUCCUUUUAUUCAAUGAAUCAGCUAGGCAAAUGCUUUUUUAAAAGCCUUUACACCCUAACAUGAGUGUACAUAUUCUUCAUGCUGUUCUCUUUACGUUUCCUAUGAUAAUGACAAGGAGAAUAUGUUCAAUGAUCAAUAACUUCUUAAACUGGCAUUCAUUUCCUUGCUCCUCAUAAUCCAAUACUGCAAUGCUGUGACAAGAAAUUAGAUGAUGGCCAAUCUUAGGGGUAAAAGGUUACUGGUUAUUUACAUGUUUGCCCUCUUAUGGUUUAUUUUCUCAAAUUAUUUUCUAAUCAUUAAGUGUUCAGAAUUCAAAAGAACAUGUUUGAACUACUUUUUUUUACAAUUGGAACAAAUGUAAUAUCCAAACCAGUAACAAUAAACAAGAAUUUGUGUGAGAACUCAGUGCAAUUUUGGAUUUUAUCUGAACAUUUAAUCAACAACAACUUAAAUACUCUUUCAUUCCUGUAAGUUGUAUGUUUUUUGUUCUGUUUUGUUUUUCUUUUUAAGGUCAGCUCGUAAAGCCAUAGAGAAGGUGGAGAUUCAUCAGCAGGGAUUGCUGAGGUUCAUUGCUUGCACAGAGAUAAUGCUGAUGCCAGCUGUUAUUUUAAUGGCACUCAGGUCUGUAUACAGUUCAUUUUCCUAAUGAUUAGUGAAAAACAUCAAAUGAAGUUUAAUUAUUAAUACUGCUUUUUUCCUCCACCUGGGUAGCUCAUGUUGUGAGGUUCCCACACUCCCAUGAGAGAGGUCUAAGGUUCAAGCCCCAGAGUGAAACAACACUUGGGGUCUUAAAAUAAAUGAAGAGACUGUUUUGCCUAUGCUAUGACAUUUGCAAAUGGUUGGAUGUUCUAGUCUUCUUGGAUAAUAUACUGUAGUAAGAGUUUGAAAUGGACGAUCUAUGGAUAAUGUUUCAAUAUGUUACUGAUGCUGCUGUGGAUGAAUUUUCAAUUUCAGUGGUCAAGCUGGCAUUGUCAUUCCUUUUGUUUACUAUCGAUUUGUGGGAUUUAGAUAUGCAUCCAGGCGGAACCCAUAUUGUAGGUUAGUGACAGAAUUUUUGAAUAUUAAUUAAACAUCCUUUGUUUUCAUUUUGUUGGCAAAGAGCAUUCAAAUUAUUUUUUUUACAAGUAAAAAUAUUAGAGUUUGAUUUUAUAGUAAGCACAAUUUCAGUACAAAAGUGAUGUGGUUGUGUUGCAAUUCCUCACACUGGUAUCUUUAUAUAUUAUAUUAUUAUAUCAGCUGGUGAGGGCAACCACUGCCUUCUCUACAGUCUAGCAAAACAGAGUCAAACAAACCGUAAUCAAAGUUUCAAAAAUGUUUGUGAUGUCAGAUGAAGGGUUAGUGAUCUGUCAUAUGCAAGAUCUUUUGCAUGUUGAAGGGGUUUACUUGUGCAGUUUUAUCAAAGCUCCUUUGAGAAUGAAAUUUCAAACCAACUGUUUAUCUCUGUCAUUUCUUCCAGACUUCUAUUUACUGAGUUUCGACGAUCAGUUGAGCAGCUUGCAAGUCAUCCUCGCUGCCCAGCAUUCUUUACGGACCUUUGUGUUCAAGUUCACUGCCUUCAUUGAAAAGUUAGCUCCUCCAAUGGCACCACCCCUCCCUCAAGCUUCUGCCUCUUGAGGGGAAAAAUGUUAUUUAAUUUGCUUCUCCAAAUUUCAGCCUUGUAUAUUUAAGUAGGUAAUAGCAAAUUUCAACUAAUGAUAGACAGAGACAAAGUCAUCGUUGAAAAAA